UUAUCCUGCACUGGAGCUGAUUAUACACUGCAUUGAGCCAUAGCUGCCCUUUAAGAUUAUGGGAUUAUGGGUGUUACACACUGUGAAUUAUCCCUUCAUAUUUAGCUUUGGUCCCUAGAGCUCUGUUUCAAUUCGCCUGUCUGGUUUCUACUUGGUCAUAGUUGCUAAGAUAUCUCCAUGUCAACUCCUUGGCACCUAGUACCCACAUUGUGUGAACUUUGACCAAGCUACCCUAUAAAGUGCCAAACUGAAGCUGUUAGGACAUCAUUUCUGGUUUUCCAACCCUUCCAGCAACAACCAGCUUUACAGCAAGCCUUGUACUAGUGAGUCCACUGGUCUUCUACAACAACAACAAUUCACCAUGUCCAACUACUUUGAUUCAUCUUCCGUCAUGAGAACACGCAGUGUAACACCGCUGACUGGUGGGGGCGCUCCAGGAAGCCUGCCUUACGUCACGGACAAGACUGUCUCUCGGCAUAUGGGCGGUAUGGGACGCUCACUCGACCUGGGACACGCUAAGAGCUACUUCAACCCAGCCAGAAAUGCAGUCUACUCCCGUUACUCCCCUAAUGAUUGGUCCAUGUCCAACCAGCUCAACUACAACCAAUCUGACAAGGAAAGAGCUUUUGCUGAGAAACUGAGAGCUGACACCUGGAGAGCAGUGAAGGAAACUGAUGCCCGUACACGCAACAGGCAGACCGAUGUCACCAAAAGGCUUGGUGAGAGAGUCAAUGACAUUACUUUCCUGAAGAGUGAGCUGAACAAUGAAAUCCAGGCCAUGGCAACGGAGACUGAGGACCUGAAGGAACAUAAGCGUGUUCUGGAGAGAGCUCUGGCUGACACUGCCAAUCCUCUGCACAUUGCUGAGGAGUGCCUGAUGCACAGAGAGAAGAGACAUGGCAUUGAUCUGGUUAAUGAUGGAGUGGAAAAAUCUUUAAUCCGGGAAGUGGACAACAUCAAGACAUGCCAGAGGAAGAUGAACAAGAUCUUGGAAAAGGCUUGUGUCCAGUUGAAACUGAACCGUGCCGCCCAACACAGCCUGGAGGUAGACUCCAAGGAUAAAAACCACGCCCAGAAUCUGGAUGAUAGAAUGCAGCAACUGCGCAACUCCUCGGCCGGCAUCGGAUACAGCAAUGGAAUUGAAAACAUCGACAACACCAUAACCAUCCCCGAGUCGUGGGCUCGCUACACUCAAACUAACAUCACCAGAUCGCAGAAGGAGCGAGCCAACUCUGAGCGACUUCGUGGUGAGAUCGACCAGUGCCUCCGCACCUGCGCCAACGAUAUGUGGAGUCAGUUCAAUUCUGUCAACAACAACUUCAAUGCCAGGAUCCGAGAGGCAACUGAUGCUAGGAACAAGCUGCAGUCCCACCUUCAGAGAACCAUGCAGGAGAUCUUUGACAUGGAGAAGAACAUCGACCUGUUGAGGAAGGCUAUCCAGGACAAGGAGUAUCCCAUGAAGGUAGCUCAGACCCGAUUGGAUGAGAGGACCAGGCGAAUCAACGUGGAGCUGUGCAACGACCCUGUCAUGAAGACACUGCAGAAGGAGAUUAACGAAAUCCGAGAGUCAGUGCGUAUCCUGAAGGACCGUCUGAAGGCAUCCGAGCAGUCUCUGGCCCGCCUCAUCAAAACCAAGGCCGCUCUUGAACAUGACAUCUCUGUCAAGGAGAACAGCUUGUCCAUUGACAACAAGAUGUGCAUGGGCAUGAGAAAGGGGUUUCCCAUGGACCCCAAAGUGGGCCCUAUCUCUACUAUGCCAUUCCACUAA